AUGACAGAACCUCAACCCGAACAAAUCCCCUCUCCGGAGCUCUCCAGAAGUCCUGAUGAAAUAUCUCCAGAACUGCCAACGACAUCCCCUACACAAACAUCGCCUUCCUCACAAGCCCCCCGACCUCCAUCGUUGAGCAGUCAAGGCGGCGGUAUGGCCUUUGCCAUCAACCCCUCCUCUGCCCCUCUUGGCCCAACGCAGGCCGCCAGAAGACCUGGCCCAUUACCCUCUCGUGCCAGUGGUCUGAAUUCAGACAUCCAAGCAAAGAUGAAGGCUUUUUCACUCUCGAGACAAGGUGCUCCCAGUGCAGGAGGUGCUCGAUCCGGCUUUCCCGGUGCCCAAAAUCCACCAACUGGAGCAUUUGCACCUAGCCCGAUCCCGGGAGCAACUCCAGCUUCACCAAUACCUUCCACCAACCCUCUUCGCCUACCGCCGACCCUGAAUCGACCCAAUGCUCCUAGCUUUGCUUCACCCAGGAGUGGGACCCCCCAGGCAAUGAACCCGCGAGGUCCCAUGGGUGGACUAGCUGCGAAGCGUGGCCUGAAGCCUGGUGGCAUGAAGCUUUCCGACGCCCAGAAACCUCUACCUGCUGGUCAGGAGGCCGACAAGCAGGACACUGGAUCUCAAUUCAGUAAAUUCUCCAGCAUCAUAGAUACACAAAAGGGCACGUUGAAUUUCGCAAACAAGGCUGUCAUUCAUGGAAGCGGUAUCGACUUCGAGGGUGGCAGCACAUUUUCGAUAUCUUUGGACGAGGUUGAUACGAUCGCUGAACUCGGAAAGGGAAAUUACGGCACCGUCUUCCAAGUCCGACACGCCCGUCCAAAGAUGAGAAGACCCGGCUUGGGUCUCCGAGGAAAUAUGCCACGCCAGUCUUCGGCCUCCAUUCCCAAAGACGAUGAGGAGGGCGAAUCGCAAUCACCCGCUACAGGCGGAACCAGUGGCCUCGUCAUGGCCAUGAAGGAAAUCCGACUGGAACUCGACGAUUCCAAAUUUGCUCAAAUCAUAAUGGAAUUGGACAUUCUACAUCGCUGUGUGUCUCCCUUUAUCAUUGACUUCUAUGGAGCCUUUUUCCAGGAAGGAUCGGUCUACAUCUGUAUUGAAUACAUGGAUGGCGGAUCGAUAGACAAGUUGUAUGGUGAUGGUGUCCCGGAAGGUGUUCUCCGAAAGAUAACUUUGUCUACGGUCAUGGGAUUGAAAUCAUUGAAGGACGACCACAACAUCAUUCAUCGAGAUGUCAAACCCACCAACAUAUUGGUCAAUUCGCGAGGUCAGGUCAAGAUCUGCGAUUUUGGUGUCAGUGGUAACCUGGUGGCAUCGAUAGCAAAGACCAAUAUUGGUUGCCAGAGUUACAUGGCACCUGAACGGAUAUCUGGUGGUGGAAUGGCUCAAGCUGGUUCCGCCGGUGGAUCCUAUAGUGUCCAAUCUGACAUUUGGUCGCUCGGCCUCACCAUCAUUGAAUGCGCACUUGGCAGAUAUCCUUACCCCCCGGAAACAUAUGAUAACAUUUUCAGCCAACUGAGUGCAAUUGUUGAUGGAGAACCCCCCGAUCUGCCAGCCGAUCAAUUUUCAGAAGUCGCAAUCGAUUUCGUGCGAGGCUGUCUUAACAAGAUCCCUCGUCUUCGUCCGACCUAUACCAUGCUUCUCCGGCAUGGCUGGCUCGCGCCACUUAUGAAACCACCCACGAUUUCCGAAGACGACGAAGCCGAACAGGCUGCUGAAGCGGGCAUCGAAUCCGUAUUCACAAACGGGUCAGCUCCAGAUACAGCUGAUAAGGAAGUUGCAGAGUGGAUGAAGGCCGCACUCGAGAGGAAAAAGGCAGGCAAGAUGGCAGUCAGCAAGAAGCCAGCGCUCCACGAGGCACCGCUCGAUGCCGUCCCCGGAAGUCCACUCCUCACGACAGACGGUAUGCCUCCCAUGGUAGAAGACCCUACCCUGGCCGACAUCAAACCCAACCCCGGUGUACGAGUGGAAUCACCAAGUUUGACGGCCGCCAAAGUCCACAGCUUGGAUUUUGCAUCAGCGACAUGA